CGCAAAUACUCCGAGUCAACACUGGAGGCCCCACCCUUUGUGUUACCUACCGCCCGUCAAUCAAAAUAGAAAAAAAUCUGACAGUUAUCACCUAUUUCUACGCGUAUACAAUCAAUUUCAUUUGCUGAUCAUGUCCGGUGGCUUGUGACUAUUAGGACUUUCCGUUUAAAGACAAGGCACGUAAUGACUGCACCGGAACAGCCGAUGAAACCAGAAGAUAUGGCUGCCUUGGACGUGGACAGCAGUCAAAGCGACUUUGUGCAGCAAGAGCAGGGCGGGGGCAAUCAGACAUCAGAUCCAUCUACGCAACUAACUGGGACAGAGAAAUGGGAGGUGUUAACCCCCACAACAGCAGAAAAAGAUGAAUCUGGAAUGAUACAGAUCCAAAGUCAAGGAAUAUCAACAUCAAACAGACAGUAUGUUCUUCCUCUCCAGAACUUACAGAGUCAGCCAAUCUUUGUGACAUCUGGAACAGACGCCUCCUCUGCCAAUUCAGUGCCUAACAUUCAGUACCAAGUCAUUCCUCAAAUUCAGACAGCAGAUGGACAGCUGAGCUUCACAACAGGCGUGGAAGGAGCAACUCUGACUCAGGAUGUCACAGGGCAGAUUCAGAUCUUGCCUGAAGGUAGCCACAGUCUCAGUGUAACAUCAACUGCAAACAUCCUUAAUACCAACCAGAACCUCAUAUCACAGACUGGUAAUAUCCAGCAGCUCCAGGGGAUUUCUCUUAGCAGCUCCACUUUCAACAACCAGGGUCAGGUUGUUACUAAUGUGCCUGUGGGUUUGCCUGGGAACAUUACUUUUGUUCCUAUUAACAGUGUGGAUUUGGACUCCCUUGGCCUCUCUGGUGCUCAGACUAUAGCAACAGGGGUCACUGCUGAUGGCCAGCUAAUUAUGACGAGUCAGCCUGUGGAUGGCUCAGAGAGUCUGGCAAAGACAGAUAAUCACCUUUCACAGACACUACAAGUAAAUGACUCAAAUGCAAAUCAUGAGAUUUAUGUGCCAACCUCUUCCUCUCAGCUACACAUUCCAGCAAACGAAUCAGAUCUGCUGACACAAGACACUUCGUUGUCAUCAGCGGCUACAGAGCAAGGCGACUCGAGUUCUGGUCUCCAGGAGGGCUUCAUCCAACAGAACCAAGAGCAGAGCAUCCAGGUGUCCUCAGCUCAGUCCAUCAUCCAGCUGCAGCAGGUGCCUAUUCAGACCACCAACGGUCAGGUGGUCCAGUCCAUGGCAACAGGAGGACAGAACCUGCAAAACGUGCAGCUGAUCAACCCGGGAACCUUCAUCAUCCAAGCCCAGACGGUCACACCGUCAGGUCAGAUACAGUGGCAGACCUUUCAGGUGCAGGGAGUACAGAACCUGCAGAACCUCCAGCUGCCCACAACACCACCCCAGCAGAUAACCCUGGCUCCAGUCCAGACCCUAUCACUGGGUUCCAGUCCAGUCAGCAUCAGCACGGGACAGAUGCCCAACCUGCAGACAGUGACAGUCAACACAAUGGCCCAACAAGGAGAUGCAGACAACCCUGGAGAGAUUCGGAUAAAAGAAGAGCCCGACUCUGAAGAGUGGCAGCUAAGCACCGAGUCCACCCUGAACACAAGCGAUCUGUCCCACCUUCGCGUCAGGCUGGUGGAUGAGGAGGAUCAGUUGGGUCAGGAGGGCAAGAGGCUGCGCAGAGUGGCUUGUACUUGCCCCAACUGUAAAGAGUCAGGUGGGAGAGGAUCCAGCACGGGGAAGAAAAAGCAGCACAUCUGCCACAUUGCCGGCUGUGGGAAAGUAUAUGGAAAGACAUCGCACCUGCGAGCCCACCUGCGCUGGCAUUCAGGGGAGCGACCUUUUGUUUGCAGCUGGAUGUUUUGUGGAAAGAGGUUCACACGCAGCGACGAGCUGCAGAGACACAGGAGAACACACACAGGAGAGAAGAAGUUUGUCUGCCCAGAAUGUUCCAAGCGUUUCAUGCGGAGCGACCACCUGGCGAAGCACAUUAAAACUCAUCAGAACAAAAAAGCCGUGAACUCUGGUAGCGCUGUGGUGGCCUCGAUGGAAUCGGCGGGGUCCUCAGACAGUAUCAUCACCACGGCAGGCGGGACCACCCUCAUCCUCACCAAUAUCCAGCAGGGUUCCAGCAACGCCCAGGACAUCCUGGCCAACGCAGAGAUCCCUCUCCAGCUCGUCACCACGGUAGCGGCCAGCGAUGUCAUGGAGUGAUUUACACUCCACUUAUGAACUUCUACAACUUCUCUCAUACUGUAUACUCCUACCUGCAUUUUUUUUCAAGUUUUGAAGAAAAACUAAAAUUAUAUAUAAAAACACCGAAAUAGUCAGCCCAUGUCCAUACUCAGUUUUUAUUAAGGACUGAAAGUGGAGACUAAAAGAAGAUAAAGGUGGAAAAAGACAUUGCAGUAAACACACAAGGAAAUGCCUUAUUUUGUACAAUAUUGUGUCGUCGGAAAUGUAGGAUGCCAUUUUGUUUUGAAUCUACUUUUUCACAAAAAUUAUUGGUAAGUUAAGCGAUUUUUCUCCUCGCCUUUUUUUGAUGAUAUAUUGUAAUGAUGUCCUUGGUGAGCAAGGUUUGUUCCAUCCUUUGAGCAAAUACUAAAUCUCACAACAGAGCUAAUUUUAUCCAGCUAUAGUAAUGUUAUUGCUUACGUCCAUUCAAAUGUAUUCCACGUUUUUGUUUCAAUAUUAUGCAUUUUGUUUUCAGUGUCCUGCUUGCAGUCAGUCUGCUUGCAAAUUAGCGUGACCUCUUUCCUCCAGUUUUUU